UUUUGACAUCAUCAACAUGAUAAUAGUCUAGCUUUAUUAACAUAUUUAUAUUAUAUUUACACAUAAUUUAUCCAUAAACAUAAAACUAUAAGUUUACAUCUGAUCUAUGACGUUUGUUAUGACAUCAACUCUCAUAUUUCUCAAACCAAACCCGCCUACAUAUUUUUCAAGUGUCAAAAUAUAUAUUAAAAAAUUUUUACCAUAUAAUUCCACAGCUUAAAAUAUAUAUACAAAAAUGAUUGCUCCAGAUAUAGGGUCGACUAACGCAGACCGUGUAAAUGUGAGAAUCUCCAGUGAAAAAGCUCCGCUGAUUAACGGCAGAAGUGUUUUCCGUAGACUAGGAAAUUUACUGGGUAUGGCCAAGUCAUCUUCGAAUCCUGAAACUGAUGGAUAUGUUGAGUUCAGCAGCCUUGGGGUUGAUACCACUAGGACACUUGGUACCUUUGCGGGUGUAUUUAGUCCCGUAACUUUGUCUAUGUUCAGUGCCUUAAUUUUUAUACGAAUGGGAUAUAUUGUGGGUAAUGCUGGAUUACUUGUUACAUUGACGCAGUUCUUGAUAGCUUAUGGUAUUUUACUAUUUACGGUAGCAUCUGUGUGUGCUAUAUCAACGAAUGGAGCUGUUGAAGGAGGUGGAGCAUACUUUAUGAUCAGCCGUACCCUGGGUCCAGAAUUCGGUGGUUCAAUAGGAACAUUAUUUUUCAUGGCGAACAUAGUGUCAAGUGCUCUGUGCAUCUCAGGAUGCGCUGAAGGAAUAGUAGAAAACUUUGGACCAAACGGUUACUUAGUCGGCACAGCAUCAGUCUUCCCCGACGGUCGUUGGUGGCGAUUUCUCUACUGCACAGUCCUGAACACCUCGAGCCUACUGGUCUGUUUAAUUGGCGCCUCGAUGUUUGCAAAAACCAGCGUAGCGAUUCUCGCAACAGUCUGCAUCUGUCUGGGUAGCGUAGUCCUCAGUUUCCUGAUCCAGGAGCCCAUGGAGGUCCCGAUUCCCGACGGGAACACUCUAGUUAAAAACAUAACCGAGCAAUUAAACGCAACAUACACCGGCCUGCGAGGAUCAACUCUACGAGAUAACUUGUAUUCAAACUACAGCGCUGACUAUUCCAGCGACGGACGCAUGUCAGACUUCGCCAGUGUCUUCGGUGUCCUCUUCAGUGGAGUCACCGGGAUAAUGGCCGGCGCGAACAUGUCAGGAGAACUUAAAAACCCAAGUAUCAACAUACCCCGCGGUACUUUAUCAGCAGUUUUGUUUACAUUCAUUUGCUACAUCGUUCUUUCAAUUCUAGCCGCAGCGACAUCCAGUCGUUUUCUUCUCCAGAAUAAUUUUAUAUUCAUGAUGCCCAUAAAUUUAUGGCCGCCAUUCGUCGCCGUGGGCAUACUGACAGCGACAUUCAGCGCUGGCCUAAGCAAUUUAAUAGGAUCCAGUCGCGUCCUUGAAGCUCUCGCCAAAGACAAUAUAUUUGGAUCAGGAUUAAAUUUUAUUUGCCGCGGAACCUGGAAAGGCAACCCCGUGGCCGCGGUAUUUACAUCCUGGUGUCUCGUACAAAUAAUUUUAUUAAUCGGAUCUCUAAAUACUAUCGCGCAAAUAAACUCCGUCCUAUUUUUACUGAGUUACUUGGCGACCAAUCUCGCCUGCUUGGGACUUGAAUUAGCAAGUGCUCCUAAUUUCCGGCCGACCUUUACAUACUUUACUUGGCACACCGCGACGAUUGGUCUGCUGGGUACUCUGAUAAUGAUGUUCGUCAUAAACAGUAUUUACGCAUCAAUAAGUAUUAUAGUUUGUUUAAUUUUAAUAAUUGUACUGCAUUUAUUUUCCCCAAGUAAAAAUUCCGGGUGGGGCAGCAUCUCCCAGGCGCUGAUUUUCCAUCAAGUGAGAAAGUAUCUGCUGAUGCUGGACUCACGCAAAGACCACGUCAAGUUUUGGCGACCGCAGAUGUUACUGAUGGUAUCGUCACCAAGAUCUGCAUGUCCGUUAAUUGAUUUCAUAAAUGAUUUGAAAAAGGGCGGGCUGUUUGUUAUCGGUCACGUCAAAGUCGGCGACUUCAAUCAGACUGGACAGAAAGUAGAUCCGACGUUGGAUGAAUAUCCGCAGUGGCUGAGUCUCGUUGACCAUCUCAAGGUCAAGGCAUUCGUUGAACUGACGAUCACUAAAACGGUACGCGAGGGCCUGCAACAUUUAAUCCGCAUUUCCGGUAUGGGUGCUAUGAAACCAAAUACUAUAAUCCUAGGAUUUUAUGAUGACGAAAUGCCUCGAGAUUUUUUCCACGAGUCAAAGUACGCGACGGCGAUGUUCGAUGACGUCAAUAGCGGCGUCAAUGGGGGAGGAGUUACGUUCCCGCUGAGACAAGGCGACGAUAAAAUCGUCGACGCUCAUCAGUACGUGGGCAUGUGCAUUGACGUGCUGAGGAUGAAGAAGAAUUUGUGCCUCUGCAGGCAUUUUUCGAGUUUAGAUAAAAUGACGAUAAGCAAAAAUUCACAUGUUGAGUACAUCGAUGUGUGGCCGGUUAAUUUCUUCCAGCCGAGUGACCAGGAUCCGUUCGACACGACGUCGCUGUUCAUGCUGCAGUUGGCCUGUAUUAUCAAUAUGGUGCGUGGGUGGAACAACUUGAAUCUGCGGGUGUUUUAUUGCGAGAUGUCUGACAAUUCUGCGAGUCUGAGUAUCACUGAGUCUCAAGGGUCGACGAGCAUCGAGUUCCCACGGGCGUCGACGGAGUAUCGUUUGAGAAAAUUGUUGAAUAUGCUGAGAAUAAGCGCGACGAUACAGAAAAUUCCGGGACUGGGUAACCAGUUCGCGGGACUUAAGGGAAGGCCGAUUAUUGAGACGGGGAGUUUUGACUCGCAGGAUGCGCCCCAUGAGUUGAGUAACUUAUCCAGGACUUAUAUACUGGGGGUAAAUCAGAUGAUUCGGGAGAAUUCGGCUAAGACGGCUGCUACUUUUCUGUAUCUUCCGCAACCGCCGGUCACUAAUAAUUGGAAUCAAGACGAUUUAUUUAAACAGUAUCUGCAAGUUCUUACUGAACUUACGGCUGAUUUGCCGCCUACUAUUCUUGUUCAUGGGCUCAAUGCCGUCACAUCGACAACUUUAUAAUUAAAUUAUUAUUUAUGGAUUUUAUUUUGAGUAAACUGCUGGCUUUUAAAUGAUUUUUAUUCGUUUAAGAGGAAAAGGGUCUGAGAUACAAAAAAAAAGCAUAUUUUUGUGAUUUUUUUUUCAGAGUACGUUCGUUAUUAAAAUUCUUAAAAUUUGUGACAUUAUUAAGCAUCAUUCCAAGAAUAUUCUGCUAAAUUUUCGGAAAAAAAUAUUGAAAAAUAAGCCAGUGGUAGUGGGGAGAGACGAGUCACUUAAAAAAAAGUCUCCAUGCCGUAGGCAGGAUAACUCAUGACUGCCUCAUCUGAAAUAAAAAAACCAAAAAGAUUUCUUUAGUACAUACGUUUAUCUUGGAUUUGAACGAAGGAAUAAACAAAAUAUUCAUUUUUGAAUUUUUGGUAAAGGUGCAAUAAAAAAACUCUGAUUUUUCCCAAAAAUUGCUCCUUUUGUUUAAUUAAAAAAUAAGUAGU